GUCCAAGAAAAAAACAAGAUGUAUACGCAAGUACCCUGAAUAAAAGUUUAGAUAAGCCGGAACAAGUGAGUACAGAUGACAAGCAACAUAACAACUACACUGUAAUCUUCAUGGGUGCAAUCUCCCUUGGUUUGCUGAUCACAGCAGUAACAUUUGGUUGUUUGUAUACACAGGUUGUACAGCAGCUGAAGAAAGAAACUAAUUUUGCAGCUGUCAAUUUUGGCAACUGUACAACAAAACUCAACCAAUCAUCGGUUGCUUAUGAAAGCCUCAGAGUCAGUUUCUCACAACAUAAGCAAAGUACAGAAGAGGCUGCCAGUAGCCUACAGCAGGACUUAAUACAAGCUAAGGAAAUUUUAAGAAAAGCAAAUGACAAGCUUAUAUCUACAGAUGAUAAUUUAAAAGAUAGCAAGAAUGCCGAGAUGGAAACCAAACAGAAACUUAACGCUGCAGAGCAUCAGUUAACGGAAAUUACUGCAAAGUUACAUGAAGAAACACUUAGGAAAAGAGUGAUAGAAACAAAGCUAAAGCAAUCUGAGGAGGAUUUCACACAGCUAAAAUUGAGAUAUAUUCAAAUGCAACAGACAAAGAGGUCAUAUUUGGAACUAGUCGCACAAACCGAAGCAAGUCUGCAGAAUUGUUUGAACUACAAAAAUGAAAGAGAAAAAAUUGAUGUGGCAUAUUGUCCUGAAAACUGGUAUCCACACAAUAAUAAAUGUUACUACAUUUCUGAAGAAAAAAUGAACUGGGAAUCCAGCCAACGUUUUUGUGUCUCCAGUGGUUCUAGUCUUGCUAUGAUAAAAGACAAAGAAACUAUGGCAUUCAUUGCAAAGAAACGGAGUGUUAUAAAAGCCUGGAUUGGCCUUCAAAGAGAAACAAAAUAUCGACAAUUCAUUUGGCUUGAUGGCUCAAAGGAAGAUCAUAAGAACAUAUGGGAUUUUAAAGGACAUUGUGGAGAACUUGAUUUCCGUCAGAAGAAUCUGCAAAUGGCCUCGUGGUGUACGUACGAAAUGAACUGCAUUUGUGAAAAAGACAUGGUCUACCUCCAGUUUGCCCAAGAAUGUCUUCCUCCUGCUGUGUCUGUGGGAAAAAAUAAAUAUGUUCAUUCCCAAUAGUCCAGUAUAUCAUUACCAUUACUGCGCCAACAUUAUUUCCCAACCAUAGUCUUGGAGAGCUUUUAUUCUACAUAUAAUCUGUUCAUGAUCUAGGUGCAUGAGCAGCUUUGUAGUAUAAAAAUUAUCUUUGUACAUUUCAACCAAGGUAGUGACUACACUCGCAAUUAUUUCAUUUAGUUUGUAGAUUGGAUAUUUGUAAACCCUACAAGUUCACAUCCUUGGUCACCGAAAACUGCAUUUUGUAGAUGUUUUUCAACAGAUUGCAUUAUAUAUAACUGUUAUGGAUCAAUACUUUUAAAAACAUAAUUAGUAAACCAUUUGCCUUGCGUUUUAUAUAAUGUUAGUUGCAUAUUAGGUAUGGCCUGUCAGAUGAGCUUCAUCUUGCAGUCCCUGAGUAUGAUUUCCUAAAUUUCCACCUGCAAGAAGUGUGUCAAAAUAAUAAAUAGUAGUAGUAUAAAAAUUGUAAUACAACUGCAAUAAGUACUGCAUUAAAAAAAUAAAACAAAUAUGACUAUAAAAUAGUUCAUUUGAACUAGUAAUGUGGUGGAAAAAGGCACAGAAGAGAUAAUUAGUGAUACUAAAAUGUUAUUCUUGUA